AUGCCGGGUGUGAUCAUCGGUGCUGCAAUAGGAGGAGCUCUGGCUGUGAUUGCUGCUCCCAUAGCCCUGGGUACCAUGGGCUUCACUGGGGCAGGAAUCGCAGCAGCAUCCAUAGCAGUCAACAUGAUGUCAGCAGCAGCAAUCGCCAAUGGGGGUGGAGUUGCAGCGGGAAGCUUGGUAGCCACACUGCAGUCUGUGGGGGUUGCUGGACUCUCUACAUCAUCCAACAUCAUCCUGGGCUCUGUUGGGGCUGGCUCUGUUGGGGCAGCUGUUAUGGCCUUGCUUUGAAUUUAAUGAAGACACUUCUGCAGUUGAACCCACUGCCUAUAA